AUGGCUAGCUCGCCGUCGGUGUCGUCGGCGCUGCCUUUUAACUUGGAGGUGAUGGCCUCGUUCCGGCCGUCGAAAACUCUGCGAAAUCACAAAGAAGCCCAGAUCACUUCGUUAGACUUUGACGACUCGGGGUUAUAUUGCAUCACAACAGCCAACGAGACUCAGGAUGAGUCGAUUCAAUUAUACGAUUGUAAGACAGGAAAGCACAGUAAAACUAUUUUCAGUAAAAAGUAUGGAGCCAACUUGGCCAGGUUCACUCACAACUCGAUGAACUGUGUAUAUGCAUCCACGAAAGAGGACGAUACUAUCAGAUAUCUAUCGCUACAUGAUAACCAUUUCAUCCGGUAUUUCAAGGGCCACAAAGAUCGAGUCACGUCGCUAGAGGUGUCUCCUAUGUCAGAUACGUUUAUUUCGGCAAGUUUAGAUCAUUCGGUACGGUUAUGGGACCUGAGGUCGCCCUCAUGCCAGAGUUUACUGAACGUACCAGGCCCUAUUCUCGUGACGUUCGAUGCUACAGGAGUUGUAUUUAUUGUUGGAUGUGAACAGUUGAAUUCUAUUGCAUUAUACGACGUGAAAAACCAGGAGCGACCGUUCAUGUCGUUUGAACCCAACACCCCAGCCGGCGUCCGAUGGUGUAAGAUCGAGGUUUCUAAUAACGGAAACUACAUCAUGUUGGUCACCGAUGCGUCUACUUAUAUAUACGAUGCUUAUAAUGGCACACCACAAGGACGACUGGCGGGAUUAGUGCCCCUCAAUGGCCGACAAGCUUCCUUAUCGUCACAAUGUGCGUUUUCCGUGAACGGUAAAUACAUUUUCGGAGGAUCUAACGACAAAAAAAUCCAUAUCUGGGAUACAAGCCAGCUGUCGAAAUCAGCACCCACCCUCUCACCGGUUAUCUCGCUAGACAGCAACCAGGAAGUAGCUGCGCUCCUAGCGUUCAGCCCCAAAACUAUGCUCAUGGCCACAGCAGACAAAGCACUAACCUUCUGGCUCCCUGACCGAGAUCUCAUCAACCUCAACAAAUAA